AUGGAUAAGACUAAGAGAACCCGCAAAGCAAAGAGUGAUUGCGGCACAAUUUGUGCGCCGCAACCGGUGUGCGAGAAAACGGCCACGACGGCGCCGCUACCGGCGCACAAGAUGGCAACACCAACAAAGCCCAAACCUGUGCACGAAAAGACGGCCACGACGGCACCACUACCGGCGCACGAGGUGGCAACGCCAACAAAGCCCAAACCGGUGCACAAGAAGACGGCCACGACGGCGCCGCUACCGGCGCACAAGAUGGCAACACCAACAAAGCCCAAACCUGUGCAUGAAAAGACGGCCACGACGGCGCCGCUACCGGCGUACGAGGUGGCAACGCCAACAAAGCCCCAACCUGUGCACGAAAAGACGGCCACGACGGCGCCGCUACCGGCGCACGAAGUGGCAACGCCAACAAAACCCCAAUCUGUGUACGAAAAGACGGCCACGACGGCGCCGCGAUUGGUGCACGAAAGAACGACAGCGACGUCGUCGCUGCCGCCGUACGAGAGGACAGCGAUCGCAAUGGGGCACGAGAGGAUGCCGACAGCGACGGCGCCACUGCCAACGCACGAGACGACGACGGCCACAGCGACGGCCCACUUUGUGGCUACCUGGAAGGGACGAGGCGGAAUCAACAAGAAAAUCACGCAAACGGUCCAUCGAUUGCUGCAAAAAGAAAAAAAGAAACAAAGAAGAUAUGGAUACGUGAAUACAUUUGGUCUACCGGCACCACCAGGAUCAGGAUAUGCACCAGCAUCGCCCGCGAUUCAAGGAUACGUCCCGGCAUCGACCGCGAUGCAAGGAUACGUCCCGGCAUCGACGGCGAUGCAAGGAUAUGUCCCGGCAUUGCCCGCGAUGCAAGGAUACAAUCCGGCAUCGACGACAAUGCAAGGAUACGUUCCAGCAUCGACGGCUAUGCAAGGAAGGAUACGUGCCGGUACCGCCCGCGAUGCAGGGAUACGUCCCGACAUCGACGGCGAUGCAAGGAUACGUCCCGGCAUCGCCCGCGAUGCAGGGAUACGUCCCGGCAUUGACGGCGAUGCAAGGAUACCGCGGUAUUAA